GUGACAAUGAUAGUGGUGAGUGACAGCUAUCUGUGUGAGAAGCCUGAGCGGUUACGCCUCUCAGUCUGCGUUUAUAACCCGCUUUACAAAAGAGUCAGGACAGUAUGACUCAAUCUUCGGGCUGAGCUGGCGUCUGGUGCGAUGGAUUGCCGUCCACCCCUGAGGAUGAAGGCGACGCUGCUGAUUGUGUUCCUGCUCAAAUCUACCAACAUCAUCAGGCUACAUGGAAGUCCGUUAGCAGGAGCGGACUACAAUCUUCACUGUGUCAAUGAUUACCUAACCACCGUCUACUGCUCUCUGAACAUCACUCCAUCAGAAAACACCUCAAACAGCAACAGCUCCUACUGGCUCAUUUUUACAGAGAGCGAAACGUACGAGUGCAUGCUGACACACACCAAAGAGAACUAUUUCUGCACAUUUAACAUAUCAGACACGGAGCCUGAUUAUGGCAAUACGUUUACAGAUUUAGAUGAAUACAAAAUCUCACUUUGCCACGACCCAAAUGAGUCUGAAACCUGUGACGUGCUAGAUGAGCAGUACCUACCUGUGGGCAACAUUAAACCAAACGCGCCGUGCUGCCUCUCGGUCAGCCACAACUCAAGUCACCACCACUUUGCUUGGAAAAGCACCUACGAGAAUUACACCAGUUUCACUGAUCUGCCCGACAACCUGGAGUACCAGCUCCAUUACUACAAGAGGGGAGAACAGAAGGUAAAAUUUCGUAAAAUUAGCACACAAAGUACGGGUAUUUCUUUCGAAGAUCAGAACUUUGAACCAGACACCGACUAUGGUGCCAGAGUACGGUCCAUUCCCAAUGCGGGUAAUUACAAAGGCGAGUGGAGUCACUGGUCUGAUGAGGCUCACUGGAGGACUAACCCUGCUGUGGAUGGUUUCUCAACGCGCACGUUCAUUUCUGAAAUGUGUAAGAAGGUGCUCAUUCCCAUCUGUGGGCUGGUGGUAUUCGUCAUAUUGAUCUGCUACGCUCCUGUUAAAAAGUGGAAGCAAAAUGUGUUUAUCCCGACUCCGGCUCCCUAUUUCCACACCCUAUACAGUGACUGCCAGGGAGAUUUCAAGAGCUGGGUGGUUACGCAAGAAAACACAGCAGACAUGCUAGAAAAAGAGGAAACGCUUCAGAUCGACACCUUGACAAAGUGUGCAGAAGUCCAGGAGGAUGACUGUCCACCCCACUUUGACCAGCACGUGAUGGAGGGCAGCUCCUACAGCAACAUAACUCCCUCAGUCUGUGAUACCACUCUCCUGGGCGUCCCGUACGCUGUGAGCACCAUGAUUCCACUCUCAGCUCAGGGGAGCCCAACGAACAGCCUGGUUCUAGACUCCCAAUUAGGGAGUCCUUCUGGAGACUCGGGCUGCUGGCUCUGCAGUGACACGUCCCUAGAAAGGGACCCUCCCUGGUACUGCAAUGAGUACUGCACCCUGAGUGCCUUCCAGCAGUCCAGUUCUGUCCUGACAGAGCACCAUGGAAGCUUGUAAAAACAAGUCUUGCCCAACAGGGAUCAACUCAGAAAGCUUGAAAGUUGUCAUGAAAAGGAACAUUUUUCCACUGGACGGAGUAGUCCACGUUAUGAUUCAGUAGCUAAUAGAACCUGUAGCAGAAAUAGCUCAUUUUAUCAGUCCUUCUCGUUGUGGGGUAAUUUUGACAUGUUCUUCUUUAUAAUGUUACUUCAGUUUAUUGUGAAUUGUGUGUAUUAAGCUAUAAACAGUCCUCUUGAGGUCCCACCACAGGAUUUCAAUCAGGCUGUGGUCUAGACUUCUGGGUCAUUGCAGCACCUUGAAUUUGUUUUUCUGUUGUUUUGUUUUUUUAAGCAGAUUUUAUGUAGCAUUUAGUUACAACAUGUUGUCCAUGUACUACUUCACAUAUGUUUUUAUCUUCUAUGCACAGUCCAAACCUGACUGGAAACAGAGUGAAAGUCUCAUUUUGUGACUCAUCCGUUUUGUUUCUGCAGCACUGAAACGCAAGAUGAACUUCUGUGUAUAUUCUACUCUUAAUAAAGAAAAUACAACAUUUUGUAGAAAGGUUUAUUAAGCCAACACAUACAUGAACAAAGCACCAUAUAACCUUAAAGUCUGAUACAGAAGUAAGCCUACCUGCCUCAGUCACUGUGGCCAUUUUUAUUUAUAGCAAACACUCUGAAUAACAAAAAGACAGCCAAGGCAGCAGAAUCUAUUGUAUAUUACAGCAUGCUGAAUAGAAAACCUGGGAAAGAGAAUUAGACAGAGCCAUCUAGAGACACUAGUGAGAUACAACAGUAUAAAAGUGCCAUUCAUUAUACAGCAGUUGAAAUACUGACAAUGAAGUAAGCUAAAUUUUACAUUAAAUUUAUGGAAAAUAAAGGAGGAAACAAAAAGAAACCGACCCUGUGAAAGAGCAAAAUAAAACAAAACGACAUUUUCUUCCUUGAAAUAUUGAUGACAGUCAGCUUGCAUGGGAGUUGACGAAACCGGUACCAAGCUGUGUCCCUUGCACGACAUAAGACAAUUAUUGUUUAAAAAGAAAUUACCAGGGUGCUGAAGCACCCAUUCCCUCCCAGCAUUAUGCGCCAACCGGCAAUUAAGAACAAAACAAAAAACUGAUAGGUCAGA